AGGAGUUCCACAGGUCCUAAUAUUGAUCACUGGUGGAAGAUCAUUUGACAGUAUUGAUGAACCAGCCUCUGCUCUCAAACAGCUGGGUGUCUUGACCAUUGCAAUUGGAACCCGAGGCUCUGACCCCAGAGAACUUGAGACAAUAACUGGCGAGCCCAGUCAUGCUGUAUCUGUGUCUGACUUCACUGACCUUCCCAAUGUUCAAGAACAGCUCUCCUCUGUAAUAAGCACAGUGCUAAUGAGGGUCACACCUUUAUCCCCAACAGUGACUGUGGUCAGACAGCCAGCAGGAAAGGAUGUGGUGUUUUUGCUGGAUGGAUCUGAUGCUACUAGAACUGGAUUCCCAGCUAUGAGAGACUUUGUCCAAAAACAAGUAGAGACACUCAGUGUGGAUGAUGGCAAAGACCGUGUGUCGGUUGUUCAGUACAGCAGAGAUCCAGCCGUCCAGUUCUAUCUGAACACUUACACCACAAAAAGAGAGGUCCUUGACAGUGUCAGAGGUUUGAGGCACAAAGGCGGACGACCCCUCAACACUGGAGCAGCUCUCUGGUACUUGAGAGAUAACGUCUUCACGGCGUCUGCCGGAAGCAGGCGGCCUGAAGGAGUUCCGCAGGUCCUAAUAUUGAUCACUGGUGGAAGAUCAUUUGACAGUAUUGAUGAACCGGCCUCUGCUCUCAAACAGCUGGGUGUCUUGACCAUUGCAAUUGGAACCCGAGGCUCUGACCCCAGAGAACUUGAGACAAUAACUGGCGAGCCCAGUCAUGCUGUAUCUGUGUCUGACUUCACUGACCUUCCCAAUGUUCAAGAACAGCUCUCCUCUGUAAUGAGCACAGUGCUAAUGAGGGUCACACCUUUGACCCCAACAGUGACUGUGGUCAGACAGCCAGCAGGAAAGGAUGUGGUGUUUUUGCUGGAUGGAUCUGAUGCUACUAGAACUGGAUUCCCAGCUAUGAGAGACUUUGUCCAAAAACAAGUAGAGACACUCAGUGUGGAUGAUGGCAAAGACCGUGUGUCGGUUGUUCAGUACAGCAGUGAUCCAGCCGUCCAGUUCUAUCUGAACACUUACACCACAAAAAGAGAGGUCCUUGACAGUGUCAGAGGUUUGAGGCACAAAGGCGGACGACCCCUCAACACUGGAGCAGCUCUCCGGUACUUGAGGGAUAACGUCUUCACGGCCUCUGCCGGAAGCAGGCGGCCCGAAGGAGUUCCACAGGUCCUAAUAUUGAUCACUGGUGGAAGAUCAUUUGACAGUAUUGAUGAACCAGCCUCUGCUCUCAAACAGCUGGGUGUCUUGACCAUUGCAAUUGGAACCCGAGGCUCUGACCCUAGAGAACUUCAGACCAUAACUGGCGAGCCCAGUCAUGCUGUAUCUGUGUCUGACUUCACUGACCUUCCCAAUGUUCAAGAACAGCUCUCCUCUGUAAUGAGCACAGUGCUAAUGAGGGUCACAGCUUUAUCCCCAACAGUGACUGGUAAGAACAUGACCCAUCUUCAAAUUAUUUUAUCAUGGUAGGAAAAAGUCUGAAAAGAAAUCAAAUGUGUUUUUCAGAGUUGUAUUAGCCAGUGGAUUGGUUUUUUUUUUGUUUUACAAAAUAGUUUCGAUUGCAAAGAAAGAGUUCAAUUUAACCAUGUUGCUUUUUAGCAGCAAAAUAUUUGAUUGACCAAGUUAAACACAUGGUAAAUCUCAUGUCUCUUAGUGGUCAGACAGCCAGCAGGAAAGGAUGUGGUGUUUUUGCUGGAUGCAUCUGAUGCUACUAGAACUGGAUUCCCAGCUAUGAGAGACUUUGUCCAAAAACAAGUAGAGACACUCAGUGUGGAUGAUGGCAAAGACCGUG